GAGCAAGCAAGAGGAAUGCACGCGCGAAACGCGCACUCCGUGCGUAUUGACAGCACGCGCACGUCUCUGUCAGACAGAGGGUUUCGCCAUUUUGAAUAAACACAUGAGCGAUUUUUAUUUUCUGCUCCCCGUUCUUUGCAUUGCUCGAGAUAACUCUGCUUAGUACUUUACAGCAGAAUAAUUGUUUGAAAAUAAUUAAAUAAAUAAACGAGAGAGGGGAAAACAACUUUUUUUUUGCGCGCGCGAUGGCUCUCGCUCUGUGCAGAUAGUUAAGAGGAAAACGGUCUCGUGGCAGCUGCGGGGUUUCAGAGAGCGCGCGCGGGGCAGCAGUAGCGCCACCGCUGCACGAGCCUGACCAGCACUAACCGACAACCAGAACCAGCAGCUCGUCUGCAGACACUCACAGCGGGGUGUCAGUUCUUCUGAGGUGUGUAUUCGAGGAGGGCCUGGUGGGAAGUUGACCUCAUGCAGAUUGAUGCUAGGUCAUUCUGUGCUGUCUGCAUUCUGCCACUCAAAUGCCUGUCUGUCUGUGGAGGAGGUGUAACUAAGGAUUCACACGUUUCAUCAGCUGGUCUGUGCUUCCUGCUACAGCCACCACCAUCAUGUUCUGGAAGUUUGACUUGAACAACACCUCCCAUAUCGACCAGCUGCUGGAUCGGGAGGGUGUGACUCUGAGAGAGUUGAUGGAAGAGGAGGAUGUCCUGCAGGAGUGCAAAGCACAGAAUCGCAAGCUCCUGCUUUUCCUCUCCAAGGAUCACUGCAUGCAGGAGCUGGUUACCCUCAUCACAGAGGAGCCCCCUGCUGAUCUGGAGGAGAAAACACGCUUCAAGUUUCCAAAUAUUGCAUGUGAGCUCCUGACCUCUGAUGUUUCUCUUAUCAAUGAUAAGCUGGGUGGAGAUGAAUCCCUAAUGGAGAAGCUCUACCACUUUCUGGAGCAGGAGCCACCCCUUAAUCCCCUGCUGGCCUCCUUCUUCAGCAAGACCAUUGGCAACUUGAUUGCACGCAAAACAGACCAGGUAAUCUCUUUCCUAAGGAAAAAACACAACUUUAUCAGUCUGGUGCUGAAUCACAUUGAUGCCUCGGCCAUGAUGGACCUAUUGCUGCGCCUCAUCAGCUGUGUAGAGCCUGCCCCGUUAAGAAUGGAGGUCCUUAAAUGGUUGAAUGAAGAGAGGCUCGUCCAGAGACUUACAGAACUCAUGCACACAGGGAGAGAUGAAGAGAGACAAUCUAAUGCAUCCCAGACUCUUUGUGACAUCAUCCGUCUCAGUCGAGACCAGGCCAAUCAGCUGUCAGAGGUCACAGAUCCAGACCCCUUACUCACUGUCUUGGAGUCACAAGAGAAUGUGGCAGAGCUUUUAAAGAACAUGUUUGAAGGGGAGAGGACUGAAGCAUCUGUCGUCAAUGGAACGCAAGUGCUUCUUACGCUACUGGAGUCACGGAGGCCAGGGCUGGAGGGUCUGAUGGACCUGUAUUCUCAGGGAUGUGAAAGGUCUUACACUGUCAACAGCAGUAUUUUACGUGCUAUUGAGCCUCGUCUAAAGGACUUCCAGCAGCUCCUACUGAACCCUCCUACGAGAAGUGCAAUACUCACUACGCUGGGCGUUCUGGAGCAGCCCCUGGGGAAUGCCCGCCUUCAUGUGGCCAGACUGGUGGCUUCUCUGCUGCAGACUUGCGAUCUCAGCAUCUGCCAAGAGAUCUGCAGACUCAACACCAUGGACCUGCUGUUGGAUUUGUUCUUUAAAUACACUUGGAAUAAUUUCUUGCACUUGCAAGUUGAGCUGUGUGUGGUGUCCAUUCUGAACCACUCUGCCCACGCGGACUUCCAAAACCCAGGCCUUCAAAACCACAAUGAGAGGCCAGCUAUGGGCACAGGCAGCCAGUCGGAGGAGGGAACACCUGGGCAAAACUGCAACUCAGAUCCAGAAACCACACCCAUUCAAGAUGCUCUUGUCGCCAAUCUCUUCCAGCAUUGCCAACUGGUGCAAAGGAUUCUAGAUGCCUGGGAGGAAAACGACAAAAUCCAGGCUGAAGGGGGCAGACGGAGGGGAAACAUGGGUCACUUGACAAGAAUAGCAAACACUGUGGUUCAGAACCUGGAGAAAGGGCUGGCUCACUCCCAAAUGAAUGAUCUAAUAAAAGAGCUGUCAGAGGACUGCAGAGGUCGCUGGGAGAGUUUUGUGGGUGAGACUCUGAGAGAGACCAACAGGAGAAACACAGUGGAUUUGGUGAGCACCCAUAACUUGCACUCAUCUAGUGAAGAUGAUGACAUGGAGAGUCCCUUCCCCAAUGAUCUGUCCAUCCAGCAGGCUUUCUCAGAUUACCAGAUUCAGCAGAUGACUGCCAACUUUGUUGAUCAGUUUGGCUUCAACGAUGAGGAGUUCAGUGAACAUGAUGAAAACAUCAAUGCUGCAUUUGAUCGAAUUGCUGAAAUAAACUUCAAUAUAGACGCAGAUGAUCAUAGUGCCAAUGCUGUGGCUUUUGAGGCGUGUUGUAAAGAGAGAAUACAGCAGUUUGAUGACUGUGAGGAAGAGGAGGAUAUCUGGGAUGAAAAAGAAAUCAACUAUGCAACAAAAAUAAAAUCCAGAUCAAGGUUUGGGGUGUCUCUUUAUUCAGACAGCUCGCCCAAGAGUGCCAUGAGGAAUGGAGGUGGAGGCCGCAGGUCGGCCUCUAAGGAAGAGGACACUGAGGGAGAUUCCAGUCCUCUCUCCACACAUACACCAGCCGGCAGGACUCCAGAGUCCCCACAAAACCAAGGCUGGAGGGCAAGUUUUGGCAAGACAGAGGGCAGCUCUUCUAGUUCCUGGGGUGGCUCCCCUCAGCAGGAUGGUGAGGGCCAGCAGGAGACAGGCUGGGCCACCUUCACAGAGUUCCAGCCUUUCAGCAGCACAGAGUCCAGCCAAACUGAGGGACAGCCUCAACAAGGCCAAGAGAAGAACUUGGCUGAUGGUGGUUCGUCUACAAGAGAGUGGGGGGCAAGUCCUGAGCAGAAAGUUCCACUGGUGGCUUCAGACAGCAGCUCGUCUGGAGGCUCAGAAAGUGAAGAGGGCCUUGGAGAGAAUAAGACCGAAGACUCCCCUAAAACAGCUGCCAACCAGACAACACCACCCACAAGGGAAGUGUCUACUGAAGAUCUGGAGAAGCUCAGCAUCACAGACAGAGUUGAAAAUAGCAGCAAGUCUUCAGCACCUACAGAAGACUCAGACACCACUGUGACGGAGAUGAGAGUUGAGGCACCUUCUUCAGCUGAGAUCACACCUAAUGGACCGGUCUGAAAGCUCUGGAUAAGAGCCUUACCCAGUUCUGGGCCGACCUACUCUCCGCCUCUUCCAUUCUGAACCCCCAAACCUCAAUACCACUUUUGGUGUUUAAUUAAAGAAUGCUGCCAUGUUAUUGGUCCUGGACACUGCCAAUCAGCCCAUCAUUGGAGGAAGAACCGAGGGGCAUGUAACACAAACCAGUAACCAGUACAGUGCUCAGAGGUGUUAGUCUUUUAAUCCUUUCAAUUUUGUAUGAGAUAUGCACAGUUUUAAAUGUAGCAGUGACCGUGUGAUUACAGGAUCUGUCAGGAUUUUUUUUUCUUGGUUUGUCUCCCUCCCUCAAUUUUUUCUGGAUUAUUUUUCGCUCGCAGCCUUGGAUGGUAGAAAACGGGAAUGUGAAGGCCCUAUUUGGAAAGCACAGGCUCAUCAUUCAUGGCAUAACAUCAUUACAUCCUCAUGCCAAAUCAAAAACCUUGUUGCCUGAUAACCACCUCUGCAACAUUUUACUGUACGUUAAAGCACAACUGAAGUUUGCUGUAAUGCUUGUCACUUUUCUGCACCGGUCACCGCCCUGCCAAGGUUUUUUUUUUUUUUUUUUUUUUUUACAAACAGAUUAUUAUGGCCUAACUCAUGAAAUUAUGUAUUUUAAUGUUCUGAAGUGCUUUGGGGGAGGUUGAAGACAUUUUUUCCAAGUUGGAGUUGAUAUUUCAGCUUUGAGAUGGUGUCCAUGUUGGCACUUGUGCAAUAAUGUUUAGCCAAUUAAUUUAAAUUUCAGACUCAUUCGGUAACUAUACGUUAAUGUGAGGGUGUGCCUGUUUGUAUUAUUUAGGCUCUUGUUUUUCAUUGCAUGCAAAGCGUUAUUUAUCUUAACUGUUUCUCCGACGUUUUAGCUAGUUUGUCAAGACCUUCUGAUUGUAUUGAAUUCCAUUCAUCCAUUGUUUUCUCCCCUCAGAUCAACCAGACAGUAUCUACCUAGUUAUAUUUCUAGUCUAUUUUCUGCUUUUCCUAAAUGGAAUCAUGUGUUUUAAGCAAAAAGCUAAAAGUAAUCAUAGUACCCUUUGCCAGUUAAGGAAUCCUUCAAAAUCCCUGUAAGAGGACAGAAGGGUUCGCCUCUAAAAAGCAAACAGGCUUUUUUUGUCUGUUUUUAAAUGUCAGAAAUAACUGAAACCCCCCCCCCCCCCAGAAUGCCAAACAGUUCUGCCCCAACACCCUACAGGAUAGUGUUAUGCAUCAUCAGACUUCUUUUUAUCAGAACCCUCGCUUACAUGCUUUCAGAACUUUCUGGUAGCUCUUGUGGAAAUACUAUGAUCCACCUCUUGUAUUAUUUGUAUGAACAUCAUGUGAUUUAUUUUCCUACAGGAUUUUUCUCUCCAGUUCUUAUCACUUAAUUCUCACAUAUCAUAUCUCUGCAAUUUUACGAUGGUACCAAAUCUUGUUGGAUUAUUGCAGGAUUGGGAUGUUGCAUUAUUUAUUUGGCACUUAAUUGAGGUGUUAGUGUGAAGACCUGGUCUCCCAUUAUGCAUUGGAACACCAUGAGUGUUUGCUCUUCUAUGUCUCUCUGCCUCUGGGGUGUCAAUCCUCAAUUGACUCUGCUUCUUAUAUCUAUGACAUGUUCAAAUAGGUUUGUUUCCAAAGCCAAAAGUAUGUAUUUGCCCUUUUUUUUUUUUGUUUGUUUAAAAAAAAAAAAAAAAUCUUAUUUUUAACUUUAACCAAUAUUAUUUUACAAAAUGUAGAGAUUCUAAUUUAUGUGAUCUUCAGCAACCAAAAUAUUGCUUUGUUCAAUUCUG